AUGAACCCUUUCUGGAGCAUGUCUGCAAGCUCCGGACGCAAACGGUCUGACGGGGAAGAGAAGACGGCGACUGGGGACGGGAAGGCCAGCCCCCCGCGCACGGCUCCCAAGAAGCAGCUGCCGUCCAUCCCCAAGAACGCGCUGCCCAUCACGAAGCCCACGUCCCCCGCCCCAGCAGCUCCGUCAACGAAUGGCACGCACGCAUCCUACGGGCCCUUCUACCUGGAGUACUCCCUGCUGGCGGAAUUCACCUUGCUGGUGAAGCAGAAGCUGCCGGGGGUCUACGUGCAGCCGUCGUACCGCUCAGCCUUAGUGUGGUUCGGCGUGAUCUUCAUCCGGCACGGGCUUUACCAGGACGGAGUGUUUAAGUUCACGGUGUACAUCCCCGAUAACUACCCGGACGGCGACUGCCCGCGCUUGGUGUUUGACAUCCCCGUCUUCCACCCGCUAGUGGACCCCUCCUCGGGCGAGCUGGACGUGAAGAGGGCGUUUGCGAAGUGGAGGCGGAACCACAACCACAUCUGGCAGGUGCUGAUGUACGCGCGGCGGGUGUUCUACAAGAUCGACACGGCCAGCCCCCUGCACCCGGAGGCCGCCGUCCUGUACGAGAAAGACGUCCAUCUUUUCAAGAGCAAGGUGGUGGACAGUGUGAAGCUGUGCACAGCCCACCUGUUUGACCAGCCGAAGAUCGAGGACCCCUAUGCCAUUAGCUUUUCUCCGUGGAAUCCUUCUAUACACGACGAAGCCAGAGAGAAGAUGCUGACUCAGAAAAAGAAGCCUGAGGAACAGCACAGUAAAAGCGUUCACGUGGCCGGCCUGUCCUGGGUGAAGCCUGGCUCCGUACAGCCCUUCAGUAAAGAAGAGAAAACGGGAACCACCUAG